GCCCCUAUUUCGUAGUAAAAGGCUUAAAGCUGUUUGAAACUUUGGAAGAGACCCUUCCCAGCGGCGCGAGAUUGAUAUUGCACUCUUCAUUCUUCAAUCCUCAUGGCUCGCCGGACUUUCUCAUCGGACGACGUCGUUUUGAAGUCUCCGAAUGAUAGACGACUGUACCGAUUGAUCAAUCUCGAGAAUGGCCUCACUGCAUUGCUAGUCCACGAUCCUGAGAUUGGAGAUUCCCAACUCUCCAAGGGCUCUGAGGAAGCUGAGAUGGAAGAAGAAGAAGAAGAAGAAGGAAUGGAGGAGGAUGAGAAAGACGACGAUGAAGAAGACGAAGAUAGUGAAGGAGAGGAUGAAGAGAUGGAUGAAGAUGAUGAGGGAGAAGAUGAAGAUGGACUGAAGAAGAAAAAGGGAGGGGAUUCUCAGACUAAGAAGGCAGCAGCGGCAAUGUGUGUAGGAAUAGGCAGCUUCUCUGACCCUCCUGAGGCACCGGGGCUUGCACACUUUUUAGAACACAUGCUCUUUAUGGGGAGUACAGAAUUUCCAGAUGAAAAUGAGUAUGACAGUUACUUGUCCAAGCAUGGAGGGUGUUCAAAUGCAUACACGGAAGUAGAGCAUACUUGCUACCAUUUUGAAGUGAAACGAGAGUUUCUCAAGGGUGCCUUGACAAGGCAGCAGCAGCAAUGUGCGUUGGAAUAGGCAGCUUUUCUGACCCUAUGGAAGCACAGGGGCUUGCACACUUUCUUGAACAUAUGCUCUUCAUGGGGAGUACAAAGUUUGCGGUUGAAAAUGAGGUAUGCUUGCAUCGAGUACAUAUUCUCUUUUCCUGAUGCUAACCUCAUUAGAGAUGUCAGUGUGAAGAAUAAGACUGACACAAACUCUGUGAUUGAGCUAUAUUUUCAAAUUGAGCGGGCAGUGGGGAUUGAGUCCACCAGAUUGAGAGCAUUAAUAGAUCUGUUGAUGAAGUUCUAGACGAACCAUUUUACGAUCAACUAAGGACGAAGGAGCAGCUGGGAUAUGUUGUUCAGUGCAACUGGAAGGUGAUGUUCGGUGUUUUUGGCUUUUAUUUCAUAGUUCAAUCGUCCGAGUACAACCCAAUCUACUCGCAGCGGAGAGUUGACAACUUUAUGAAUGGUCUGGAAGACGUUUUGGUAAGCAUUUGAGGUUCCUUUCAAAUACUGCUAGUGAGUAGUGCCUUAAUAGCUAGAUAGCAACAAUAAUAUGAUAAUGAUAGGCUUAAUACUAGUUAAGGUUUUUUGAUGAAAUUUUUUAAUCAACAUUUCAUAAGCAUUUCUUAUGCUCUACUAAUUAUUCUUCUUCUUUUUUAACCAAGAUGAUAAUCCUAUGGUCUUGCAAUUUGAGGUUCCAUAAUGCAAGAUAUACAAGGCAUUUCUAGUUUGUGGGACAAUUAUUUUGGAUCUGAUCUUGUCGAGUUCUACUUCUAUGGUUUAAGUUGUUUUGUUUUCUUACUUGUGGAUUCUCACAAUAAUAUGUCAUGAUUAUUGUUUCGGCAUUGGAUAUCUUUUAUUGAAAGCUGUACGUUGGCAUCUGUAGCAAGGACUGGAUGAUGAUUCCUUUGAGAAUUAUAGAGGUGGGCUAAUGGCAAAGCUAUUGGCAAAAAAUUCAUCCUUUAUAAAUGAAACCAAUCGAUUGGAAUCAGAUUAUCCAUGUAAAAGGUAUACGUUUGACUAUGCAAAGAGGGUGGCAGAAGAGCUCAGCAGUCUACAGAAGGAGGAUGUUGUCAACUUUUACAAGACUUACUUGCAACAAUCAUCUCCCAAGCGUCGGAGACUUGCCAUUCGUGGUUGGGGUUGCAAAACUGACUUGAAGGAAGCUGCAGAAUCGCAACGGGAGUCUGUGCAGGUCAUUGAAGACCUUGAAGCCUUUAAGAUGUCAUCUGUGUUCCAUCCUAACGGUUGUUGAAAAAUUAUGGAUUGUUUCUGAAUUCUGAGUAUUUAAUAGAAAUUGAACCAUUAAUAGAAACAAUGAAGUUAUGAAGGCCAAAGUUUUCAAAUAUUUCAGUUCUUAAAAG